AUGAAUUUCUAUCUAUCGAGAACCAGCCUGCUGGACAGGAAGAGGAACAAAGAGCUGAGCCUAUUCCAGUGGAAGAGCAACAAGCGGUUGAUCCCCCCAAGAGCUGAGCCUAUUCCAGUGGAAGAGCAACAAGCGGUUGAUCCCCCCACGACAAGAGCAGCUGGGAAAAGAAAACUCUCAGCGGAUGAAGCCGGAAAAUAUGAUAAACAGAUCCGUCAGAAGUUGCUGGUUGAUUCCCCUCCCCCCAAAGGCCAACAAAAAUCUAAGUUGAUGGCUGAUGCCAUCAGCCCCAAAGGCCAACAAAAAUCUAAGUUGAUGGCUGAUGCCAUCAGAGCUGCUGAAGAUGAAGAACAACAUGAAUCUUCUGUUGCAGGCCUGCCACAUAGAACUGGACUUCGUUCUCAUGGCCCAGCCCUAUCGAGCGACGCUUCUUCUUACCAUCCCCCCCAAGAUGAAGAGGGUGAAUUAAUGGUUGCAGAUGCAGAAUCUGCUCUAGUGAUGGACCUUCCUAAGUCUCCUGCAUUAGAACCAGGGGGUCUCAAAGAGAAUCCAUCCCCUUCUCCUUCAGCCUUAAUGUCACAAGCUAAUAAUUCAAUUCCUAGUCCUACAACAGGACUUAUGAAUAAACCAGCUGCUGGCACAGAUCUUCUUGAACCUUCAGCUGCUCAGGAUGAUGAGGAGCGAGUUGAUUAUGAAGGCUCCUCAAUUGGUGAUGCAGCUGACGAAGAUAGAGAUGAUGAGGAUGCUGACGUUGGUAACAUGCCAGGUUCGCCUCCUACCAGGACUACUGCUGCUACUACUUCAGAGCAGGAUCCUGCGCAAGUGUCAGCUCCUCCACAAGAGCAACACUUGCCUGGCUCAUCCACAGUGGCUGUUUCACCGACAACACUGCCCGGGGCUACUACUGUAACUCCUCCUCCUGAACAGCAGGUCGUGCAGGUGUCAGCUCCUGUGCAAGAGCAGCCUCUGCUUGCUUCGUCCACUGUAGCUGCUUCACCUACCGCGUUAAUGAAGAUCUCACUUACACCAACAGAGGCGAGGCCCAGCACGUCUCAGGCAAGGGUAAUGAUGACUUUGACCUCGAGCCCAUCACAAUUGAAUGUUUCUACCGCUUCUGCAGCUUCAGCGCCCGGAUCCCCUGCACCAAUUUCAAUGGCUCUGGGAGCAUCCUCAAGUCUCGCGGGCGUACCUGAGUUCCUUUAA